AUGGCAGCCAUUGCUACCAUCUUCGUUUGUUUCACAACCUCUUCGUCCUCUCCCUUUCUCGCUAGAUUCGCCUCGCGAUUCCACUUCGCUGCAUUCCCUCUGCGUUCUCCGGCGAGGAAACUCAUGUCGCAAACUCUGCCACGUGCCACUCUUGGUCUCACACACCCUUCGAAUAUCGAAACCCCCAAGAUCUGUUUUGCUGCUAAGGAUGUUGAUGUGACGGAAUGGAACGGGGACAUUCUGGCAGUGGGGGUCACGGAGAAAGAUUUGGCUAGAGAUGCAAACUCGAGGUUUGAGAAUGUGAUUUUGAGCAAGAUUGACGCAAAGUUGGGUGGUCUAUUAGCUCAAGCCUCUUCUGAAGAGGAUUUCUCUGGCAAAGUUGGUCAAUCAACUGUUCUUAGAAUUACAGGACUUGGAUCAAAGAGGGUUGGCUUGAUUGGUCUUGGACAGUCACCUUCCACUCCUGCACCUUUUAAGGGUCUUGGGGAGGCAGUAGUUGCGGCGGCUAAGUCUUCUCAAGCAAACAGUGUUGCCGUUGUUCUUGCCUCUUCUGAAGGACUCUCUGCACAAUCAAAGCUUAGCACUGCUUAUGCAAUUGCGUCUGGGGCUGUGUUGGGAUUAUUUGAAGAUAAUAGAUACAAGUCAGAAGCAAAAAAACCAGCGCUUCAGUCCAUUGACAUUAUUGGUCUAGGGACAGGACCUGAACUGGAGAAGAAACUUAAGUACGCAGGAGACGUUUCUUCCGGAAUUAUCUUUGGAAGGGAGCUUGUAAAUUCUCCUGCUAAUGUGCUCACACCAGGGGUGUUGGCAGAAGAGGCAGCUAAUAUUGCUUCUACCUACAGUGAUGUUUUCACUGCUAAAAUAUUAAAUGCUGAACAAUGUGCGGAAUUGAAAAUGGGGUCCUAUCUGGGUGUUGCUGCAGCCUCGGCAAAUCCUCCUCAUUUUAUCCAUCUAUGUUACAAACCACUGAGUGGACCUGUCAAUGUCAAGUUGGCUUUAGUAGGAAAAGGUUUGACUUUUGACAGUGGUGGCUACAACAUCAAGACUGGACCUGGCUGUUCAAUUGAACUCAUGAAAUUUGAUAUGGGUGGUUCAGCUGCAGUUUUAGGCACAGCAAAAGCACUUGGUCUAAUCAAACCUCCAGGGGUGGAGGUUCAUUUUAUUGUUGCUGCUUGUGAGAAUAUGAUAAGUGGAACAGGUAUGAGGCCUGGAGAUGUUGUCACAGCUUCAAAUGGAAAGACUAUAGAGGUUAACAACACUGAUGCUGAAGGUAGACUUACCCUGGCAGAUGCUCUGGUAUAUGCUUGUAACCAAGGCGUUGCAAAGAUUAUUGACUUGGCAACCUUAACUGGGGCCUGCGUAGUUGCUCUUGGACCCUCAAUUGCAGGUGUGUUUACACCCAGUGAUGACCUAGCAAAGGAAGUUUUUGAAGCUUCUGAUGUGAGUGGGGAGAAACUAUGGAGGUUGCCAUUAGAGGAAAGUUAUUGGGAAACAAUGAAAUCAGUAGUGGCUGAUAUGGUGAAUACUGGUGGUCGACAAGGUGGUGCUAUUAUUGCCGCUCUCUUCUUAAAACAGUUUGUUAAUGAAAAGGUUCAAUGGAUGCAUAUUGACAUGGCUGGUCCUGUAUGGAAUGACAAGAAACGCUCAGCAACAGGAUUUGGCAUUGCUACUUUAGUGGAAUGGGUUUUGAAAAAUGCUUCAAAUGCCAAAUGA